AUGGCCCCCGCCGCCCCCGCGCCGGCGCCGGCCGCCACCGCCUGCUCAUCGUCGGCGAGCUCCGCGCGCCCGCCCUCCACCGCCUCCUCCUCCUCCCAGUCGCCGCCCAGGCGCACGGUCCCGGCGCUCCUCCUCUUCACCUCCCUCGCCGCCCUCCUCAUCCUCUCCUCCGGCGAGGCCCACGACGCCGACGCCGACGCCGCGUCCGGCCGCCCCCUCAAAGAUGUUGGUUUGGAAAAUCCGGAGGUGACUUUUGCUCCCUCAUCCAUGGGUGGGAUUUUCUGUGAGAGGGUCCGCAUUUCUGGAAUGCCAAGGUGGCAGUUUCAAAGCUACGCAAAUCAAAUACAUGUUAGAGUGAAUGUUUCUCAUUCAAUGCCAGAAAAGUUCCAUUGGAAAAUACAGAUUUGCUUUCAUGGGAAUGCUUCUACGGGUCUGUGCCAAUGUGAGAUGGGUGAAUGGCAAGUUCUGCAAGGUGGCAUGUGGAACGCAGUGAAGUCUCCAUAUGUGAGCAGAUAUGUUGAUGUGAAACUGACUGAUAAGAAAUCUACUGUCUUCAGCCUCUCCAUUCAGGAUGAGCUUCAGAAGUGGCGCUUAGCUUGCCUUGGUAUUGGAUUUGUCCUGUUAUUCCUGUCACCCAUCGUUAGUAAAUGGGCACCUUUUUACUAUAGCAGCUCUAUGGCACUUGGAAUCCUGCUUGUGGUGCUGAUUGUCCUUUUCCAGGGGAUGAAACUGCUACCAAUGGGCAAAAAAGGUUUAUUUUACCUUACAAUUUAUGGAUCUGUGUUGGGUGUUGGCUCCUACGCUGCACACUACUUCUCCUCAAUGGUUGCCUCUAUUCUGGAAAACUUUGGCUUGAGUGAGGAGAUGCACAACCCUGUGUCAAUCUUUCUGCUGGUAGCAGUUGUCUUGACCGGAGCUGGUUUUGGCUAUUGGAUGGUGAGGAGAUUUAUCAUUUCAAAAGAUGGCAGUGUUGAUGCCGGGAUAGCACAGUUUGUGAAGUGGGCUAUGCGUGUUGUUGCAAUGUUCUUUGUUAUGCAGAGCACACUGGACCCUAUUCUAGCAUCGGCUGCUCUAGCUGCUAGCUGGUGGAUUUGCUCUGUACUGACAGCAAAGAAAGUUCACAAGCCAACAGCACCGAAGCGAAAACAAUUAAAUGUUCCUUCUCAUCGAAGGUUUACUCAAGUAUCACCCAACACCCGCCAGGUCCAGUUCUCAAGUCCAUCAUCAGGGGCGGGUACUGGAAGAGCCACAACAACACAGUAUGGUUGGAACAAUUUAGCCAAUGGAGGUCUGGUCCCCAAAGCAGUCAGAAAGAGGGUAGCACCCAAUCAAGAUGAAGACUACUAUUCCACCUUCCACAACAUCGAACCAAGGAAAUACUCAAAGAGAGAAUGGGAGGAGUUCACCGAGGAAUCGACCAGAAACGCUCUGAUGGAACACACAGCGACCCCAGAGUUCGCCCAAUGGGCUGCUGACAAUGCUCACCGGUUGCGGGUGGAGCGGGACGACGUGUCCGAGGACGAGUCGAUCGAGAGCUACUCUAGCUCUUCCGAAGAAGCCGAGAAAGGCGGAAAAGCUUCUCGUCUGUUGAGCAGGUUUAUGUGA